CAAGCAUAUAUCUAGUAAGAUUGCUGAAUACCAUUGCGAGAAAACACCAGUUUUUGAUUUUCUGUAUUUCUGACACAGGUAUUACGGUUUUGUCUUGGGAAAGGAAAUCUUGUCCUUUGUGGUUCUGUAUUUUUGGGGUUUCUUUUGCAGUUUUUGUGAAGUAUGGAUCCGGCUCAGCUUCAACGUGGACAAAAUGAACAGUACGCAGAUCCGUUUAAGGGCAUUCCUGAGGAAACUGGGGAUCAGUGGAGGGCCCCACCAGCUAAGGAGACUGAUCAACAUGAUGAUGAAGGGCAUGGACAUGGUAAAAGGUCCAUGCUCAACAAAAUGAAGGACAAGGCUAAAACAUUGAAAACCAGUGUCAAGAAGAAAAUCACGCCAUCUCAUGAAGGACAUCAUGAAGAAAGCCAUGAAGAAAUUCAAGAAGAUAGUCACGAAGCAAGUUCUGAAGAAGAGGAAGGAGAAGAUGUGGAGGAACAACAUCAAACUGAAAAUAAAACUGAUGGUGUGCAAAAGACUUUGUCUGGAUUAGAUUCUUUUGGGACGCGACAGGUGCUUAGGGACGAUAGCAAAUCAAGUGUGCAACACAUUACAGCAGAAAAAUACCCACACAUAUCUAGUAACAAAGAAGAGAUGCCCACAGAGGAAACUCUGAACCUAAAGACAGGAGGGGUAAACACUGAAGCUUCAAAAUCAAACCUAGGUCUUGGAAAAGUCCAGCAAAUUCAGGAACAAGGUGGAGAAGAAAGGCCCUUGUCAACUAAAUUUGAUGAUAAUGGUAGAGGAGAAUGUAAAUCUGCGGAGGACAACUUUCAAACCACUCCUGAAAAUACAGAGCCUGGAAAAGCAUGGAACCAGAGCUCAUCUGAAGGAGCUGAUCGUGGUAAGGGAAAUUGGCCUGAAAAGCCAGGGGAGGAGCAAUUCCAAAGCCCUGAGGGAAAGGUUAAUGAGAAUGUCAAAGAAACUCCUGAGAAGGUAGAGCUUGGGAAAACAUGGAGCGAGAAAGCGUCUGAAGGAUUGGGCUUUGCUAAGGAAAAAUUACAAGGUUAUGGGGUCUUUAAAGGCAUAAAGUCAGCUGAAAAACCAGAGGAGUCCCAAAGUUCAUUAGGGAAUGCUCAAGAUAAGGUUAGUGAAAUUGGGGAGGCGAAGGAAAUUGGCUCUGAUAUGAAAUCUCCUAAUUAUACUGAAGAGAUGAAAACCGAUCCCUCUGAAACUGGCAAUAAUAAAGCCAAGGAUACUGUCAUAGAGGGAGAACGUAAAGAAAUUGAAGAUGAAGGAACCCAACAGCAGCAGAGUGGAGGAGAAGGAAAAGCAGGCCAAAGUUAUGUAAGUAAAAUAUAUGCUGCCAAGGAUGCCAUUUCAUCAAAGUUAGCAUAUGGUGGACAAACUAAUCAAGAGUCUAAUGUAAUAGAAGAAACAAAACCUGAUGACCAAAUACAGGGAAAGGAAAUGUGCAUUGAUAAGAAAUCUCCUAAUGAUGCUGGAGAAAUUAUAACCGGUCCCUCUGAAACAGCCCCUGGUUAUGCGGGAGAGGCCUCUAAAUUGGCUGAGGAGUUUAAAAAAGUCUUAUCAUUUGAUCAAACCAGCAGCAAUGAUAAAGCGAAGGACAGUGUAAUAGAGGGAGACCAUAAGAAAAAUGAGGAUGAAGGAACCCAACAGCAGCUGAGUGGGGGAGAAGGAAAAGCAGGCCAAGGCUAUGUAAGUAAAAUAUAUUCUGCCAAGGAUGCCAUUUCAUCAAAGUUAGGAUAUGGUGGACAAACCAAUCGGGAGCCUAAUGUAACUGGAGAAUCAAAACCUGCCGACCAGAUACAGGGGACAGCAACAGAGUCUAUGGAGGGUGCUAAAGAAAGUAAAGAGACCUUCAAGAGUACAAUAGCUUCUAAAUUGUCUCCAGGGGAACAUGAUAAGGCUUUGUCCGAUGUCAUCACCGGAGCAGUUAGCAACAGUGCGAAAUCUCUAAAGGAUUCUCUGGGAGGGUUAUAUGGGGGCAAUGGGAAAGUAUCUACAACUGAUACAAACAUAGGUACCUCUACAAUCAAUAACCAGAGUACUGCAAGCAAUCCUUCUGGAGGGAAAGGUAUUGUGGACCGUGUUACUGGAGUUGUGGGUUCAUUUUUUGGGAGCAAACAGGGAGAUAACAGUGAUCAACAUUCGGCUUUAGAAAAAUUGGUGCCAAAAUCUCAAGUGCAGGUAGAGGAACAAGUGCAAGAAGUACCAAAGUUCUGAACUGCAACUUCAGACAGUCCAGUCGAGAGAUAUACUAGCUGCAGACUGAAGGAUGCACACGAAUGGGACCAGUGAAGAGAAUGUUUUUAACAACCAAUUUAGAUUUGUGAGGCUCUUCUGCCUUUUCUGGUUGGCAGAACACAAUUAAAUGGGCUGUCUGCAAACUUUAUAAACUCUUUAUAUUCGAGUAUUGUUUUUUUCCUGUGAGAGGGCAUUAGUUAUUAUUAUAAGUAAAUAAGGGUGAGAUGCUUAGCUUCAUUUCUUUCAACUUUUUUGUGGUGUAAAUGGCACAUUCAGAACGGAUAUUUCAAGUACAUAUGUUAUAUGUGUUUCGUAAGUAUAUAAUUUGUAAAACUUCCUUCCACUUUGUUUACUAAAUUUAUCUUAUUUUUCAUUUCAAA